AUGCAGCUUGAUACCAUUUAUAGGGCAUAUGCAGAUGCUGAAGAAAUCCCGCCUUCCCCGCCCACAAUGCUGCCACCGGGCCAAACUGCUUGGGGUGCCGGGCUGAUUUCCUCCUCAUCUCUGAGACCUGCCGUCGCAGUUGGAAACCCAGAUGACUUGAGUGGCAUGGUGCCCAUCGUCCCAGCAGGGGCGCCCAUGCAAAUGCCCCCGCCUCCCCCCACACCAGUAUUCCAUCCCGGCUUGAUGAUGAUGGGUAUGCCACCGCCACCGCCUCCACCAAUGUUCAUGAACCUUCGCCAAAAUUUCUCUCUCCCACCACCACCACCACCAGCCAUGAUGUUACAAAACCCACAUGGUAUGUCUAAUGCAGCCUUUCAUAAUGCUAUUCCAAAGCAAUAA